AGCAGCUAUCGUGGACGCUCAACGCUUUGUUUUGGUUUUGGUUUUGUUUUGUUUUGUGCCGGCAAAAAUUUAUUUCAUUAAUAUUCAAUAAUCUUCUCUAGAAGUUUGCUUUUCCUUUCAGCUGGCCUUUUUGCAGAGCUGCUUUGCCAAAGUGUUUUGGAAGAACAAGCUCACGAUAAAGAAGCAUCAUGGCAGCGAAUCGCAAUAUUUCACCGUUUGUAGAAAUAGACGGACGACAGAACGUGGAUAUUGAUUCAGACAACGACGUUAACAAUGGUGAAGACACGGAGGAUGCAAGCGAAGCGGAGAAUUCGUCUCCGCUAAAUAAUCAACCAAGCGUUGACCAGCGUACGGAAAUUCGUGAGCAAAUGUAUCAGGAAAAGCGUGCGAAUCUGUUCGGACAGCUUGAACUGUGCAAACAGCGCAAGCAUCCGGAAUAUUUAAAGAUUGUGGAACGGCUGCAGAAUGAGCUGAACGAUCGGUUGCUGCUGAAUGAGGUGGAGCGUGAUUACCUGCUAUCAUGUGCGGAGCGAGAAUGUAUCCUGGAAAAGGCAGCCGCAGAAAAAGAAUACGAGGAAAAGAAAGCCGAAUUGAUUGAGAACUUGAUAGCAGAUCUGGAGGAUCAAAAGAAGACAAUCGAACAGGAGUUCGCUACGAUGGAGCUGACAGGUGAUUCGGUCGACGUGAAGCCAAAGAUUACCCGGAAGCUACGCCGUCGCCCGAAUGAACCAUUGCCUGUGCCGGAGAAACGGCGGAAACCGCCUACAAAUCAGCUCAUAUUUUUAUUAGACGACAAGGAGAUUGAGCACGAUUUGAAGCUAAUCUCUCGUAGCAAACCAAUUUCAGCUAGUCGUGCGUCUCAACAAGCGAUAAAUGAAGGCGCUAGUGGAAGUAAUACUAGUAAUUCCACAGCCACCUCUCACAGUCACAAGAUCAGUUCCGUUUUGAAGGCAACCGACCACAAUGGAUCGCCGGCGGAGGCGUACGGAACCGGAACGACUUCAACCGGUCAUAUAACUAGCGGUCAAUCAAGUCAGCAACCGUUGGCGGAAACGCGUAUCGAGGACGGUAAGCUGUGGUAUGAGCGGCGGUGGUUUCAUCGUGGUCAACCGGUUCACGUAGAAGGUCGAGACAUUUCACGUUUUUCUGCCAACAUUUCUGCGAUCGGAAUCGAAGCAAUCUGUGUGAAAAAGACAUCCGACGGACAGAAGGUACGGAUCUGUCUAUCGCAUUUGCGCAGGGGUAAAGUCUCAAUUAAGCGUCGUGCAAAUUAGUGUUUUUUACUUUUAGAUCCUUAUGCAUUUCAUUUAGUUCUAUGCUGAGCUCUAUGUUCAUACACAUAAGAGCUGUAAGCCGUUACUUUCUUCUUUGCGUAAUUUACCAUUUCUAGUUUACUAAACUUAUUUCUACCACCUAAUCCGGAUAGUCACAAAACGAUCCAAAAAGCCAUUAAAAUAUGUAAAUCCGAUUUGUGCGAUUGAAUUCUUCAAGCAGUGUGAUGAAACAGGAUGACUAUCAUACAAAAAGAAACCAAUUUUAGGUACAAAUAUCAUUCCGGAAAACAUAUUUUCGUUUUACAAUACAUGAAGUU